UAAAUUUCUUUCGCCUGCGAGACGAGUCGGGUCGUGUUUUGGUUGCUGCUGCUGAUGCCAACCGUGUGUACCGCGCUGUAUUCCAUGGUAACAUUUGAGUUCGUCCCUUGUGUUUACUGGUUACCCGUUCGAUCCAGGUGAAGUUAUAGAUGGAAAAACGAAUUCUGUGCUUAACAUCGCGCCAUUCCCGAAUGCGAUCGAAGUGAUCUUCCCUUUGGAACGUUUCUGGUGGUACUUGUUUGUUAUUUAAAGAAGAAAAAUACGUUGAAGUACACGUUUGAAAUGGUGUAGAAAUUCGAACAGUGACAGUUGAAUCCAAUUGAAAGCAAUUGGAAUUUAAGCCGCAAAACAAGAAUCUUAUAAGGGGAAACAAAAAUUCAAUUCCAAAGGGUGUGUCGUGCAAGGAACGUGGACGAAUCAACGUAAUUAGUAAGAGGAUCACCACUAUUACUGCUCCAGCGAUCGGAACAGCAGUCCCUACCCUACCCUUGCUAUCACUGUGAGUCGGAGCGCAGACCGGAGCAGGUCGGAUCGGGAGAACAGCGGCAACUAUCAACACUGAGUAACAACAACCGCUGCCACCGUGGAGCAGAAACACGGCCCAACGAUUACCAGCGGCAAGAAGAUGGCCAGCACGGGUGACAUUUGGUUGCAGUGGUUUUCCUGCUGCUUCCAUCAACCCCAAAGCCCCCGGCGUCGGAGACACCACCAACGGUUGAGGAUCGAUCGAUCGAUGAUCGGCAAUCCGACCAACUUUGUUCACACCGGUCACAUUGGCUCGAAUGAUGUUGAGCUAACAACGAACCACCUUUCCGCCUUACAGAAUCAGAUGCAAAGUAAAGGUGGAUACGAGAUGAAUUCGCUCAGGUUACAGACUUGCUGAUAUUAACCAGCCAAACGAGUAUAAGUCAGUAUAAGUCAUCAUCUCACGGGUGGGCCAAAGCAUCCUACGAUCAUGCUGCAGAGUUCUGGACGAGAUGUAUAGCGCUAGAGGUGGCAUUGGAAUCGGAACCAAAUGAUCAGCAAAAGUAGCUUUUGAGACCAUGUACGAGUUAUCACAUCGGUUAGCAUUUCCGGAACGAUAAGAUCAUCCGUACAGCUAAAACAACACAGCGGACAAGAAAAACGAGAUCAAAUGCCCGCUCGUUGAAUAUCAAACCACGCGUGAAACGAUGACAGUGUUUUUGCUGGUGCAAAUGCCAUUUGCAUUUCCUUUGGCUCGUUUAUGUACAUUUGUAAAUAGUUUCGACAUUGAUAUUAUCUAACGUUUUCCUACAUUACAACCUAUUAUCCGAUGUGCAACUAGUGGGCAGCAGGGUAAAGAACUCAACUCAUUUAUUAAUAAACUGCUGCCAACUAAAUCACCACCACAAGAGAAGGGAAAAAAGUGGAUCGAUUUCUUCUUCGAACACAGUUCUGGUUUGAUCGUGAUGCAGAACUUUAGGUAGUUAAGCUGUUAAGAAAAGGGUAAUCCAUAUUCUUCUGCUAUGUUGUAAAAGAAACGAUUGAAACGUUUCUCCUUUCUAUUCUAACAAUGAAGAACGUGCGUUUAAAGUGUAGUUUUAUAAGGACUUCCUCUCCUGAACUGGACGCGUGCGUGCGAUAACGUAAGCAAAAGGAUUAAUGUGCUAACAGAAUGUAAGAAAAUAAAGAACAGAGAUUUUCGCAUAAUUUCUGUAAA